AUGGUCCCAUUUGGUAACCAUCAAGAAAAUUCAAACCUUUCAGCUCAGAAUCUUGCACCUUUACAUACUAAUAAUAACCCUCACGACUCCAACUCCGAUAUCGAUCAAGAUUCUUGCCCGUCCGAUUGCGAAAGCUCGAUUUCCGAGCCCGAAAGCGAGCAACCGCAGUUUCGCGGGCCGGAGGACGAUUUUGUUACAAUUCAUAAAGGGGAGAUGAUUUACGAGACGAUCGCGAAGAAGCUUGUGUCGAGCUUGAGCUCUCGUGGGCUCGACCCGCGGGUCGAGUCCAUUCAUAGGAACAGAUUUUCGAGCAUCAAUGGCCGAGCCCGAGUCGAGUCUUUUGGCGUGUACACGAGGGCCGUGCAAACGAGGUGUGGAGGCAAUGCGAAUUUGACGUAUGCUUGGUUUGGAGCUUCGAAGAAUGAGAUUGAUAUGAUUAUUGAUUAUGGUUUUGGGCUUCCCAAAAGUGGGCUGACACAUGGGCAUGGAGUUCAUCUCUGUUCAAUAAAUCAUCCUAUUGAAAGCGUUCUAUCCACUUCACCUGACGAAAAUGGCCUACGGCACAUACUGCUUUGCCGUGUAAUAUUGGGGAAAACCGAGGUCAUAUGUCCCGGCUCGCAACAAAACAAUCCGAGCUCCGAAGAGUUUGAUUCGGGGGUCGAUAAUAUAGAGACCCCACAAAAGUAUAUCGUGUGGACUUCGCGUAUGAACACUCACAUCUUGCCUGAAUUCUUAGUCAGUUUCAGAACAUUAUCCUCUAACUCAAGAGGAUCUCGACCAAAUUCGAACCGGAUGCCUUUUCCAACUUUGAUUAAUGUUCUUAGAAAGUACUUACCUUUGGAUGCAGUUGACUUAAUCAGAAUUCAUCACAGAGAUUUCAGGAAUCAGAAAAUAACAAGAGCCGAAUUGGUUAGACGCGUGAGACAUAUUGCUGGAGACAAGUUGUUGAUAAAGAUCAUGAAAUCUUGCGAACGAAAGAUGAAAACACCAUUGAGCAGCUCCUCAACCAGUUUGUGCAAGUGA